AUGUCCUUCAAGCGGGGGGGCGGCGGCCCCAGCCAGCCGCGGGCGCCCAAGAAACGGAGGGUGGCAGAGCUUCUGGCCAAUUAUAUCCCCGAGGACGAAGCUUUGCUGCUGCGCGAUGGCAGGUAUUCCUGCACCGUCUGCUUCCACAGGCCGGUUUUCGACACUCUGGACAUGCUCACCAUUCACCGUUCUGGGAAGAAACACUUAGCCGGUUUGCAGAGGUUUUACGGGAAGAAGGUCUCUCUCGAGAACGAAAUUCAGAAGCGUCAUCACCAGGCGUACCUGGAGGCGGAAGAAAAUGGCACCCAGGCGGCUCAGGGCCCAGCCCCCUUGCUUGCCCAAACGAGGAAGAUUACCCAGAAUGCCUUGCUGAAAACGGUGCCUUACAACAGCUGCUGCCGCUCCAAAAGGAACGAGGCCAGUGCCAGCACUUCCGGGCCGAGUGCCAGCUUCAGAGCAGCCGAGACCCCCGCGAUGCCCAAGCCCUCCGGUUCUGACUCGGUGGACAAAGAGCGGCAGGUCGAAGAGGAAGGGAGCCCCUCUGCCUGUUUGUCCAGCUGCAGACGCGGAGCAGGAGGGAUGUCGCCCACGAGCAAAGCUAAGUCAUUUUCACAGUCCUUCUUCCUCACAAAGCCUCGAGAGAAGAAGUUUGCCCGUCAAGGAAAGGGGCGCAAGACACGGAAAUCACCUGAGCCCAACGAUCCGGAGAAGCGACGCACUUUGGAGCAUUACCUGAAGCUGAAAAGUUCGGGGUGGAUCCAGGACGGGUCUGGCAAAUGGGUCAAAGACGAGAAUGCGGAGUUCGAUACGGAUGAGGAGGAGCCCCCAAUGCUGCCCCCAUCCUGAUGGCGGACAGAAAGCCCCCCACCCUCCCCUGGCCAUGCCUUGGAAGAGUGCCAGGAAGACCCGGAAACCUGGAAUUAAAUUAAAUGCACUUUUGGCCCAGACCCUGGGCGUUGGAAGCAACCUUUUGCCACCUUUGUGUGUUGUCUUUUGGUGGUACGAUUGUUCAGGGUUAAUUCCUCUUCGGCUGCCGUUUGCAUUUAGUUUCCAACAACGCCUUCCUUAAGUUCGUUGGGCAGUUUCUGGACAAGGCGGCGGCUGGAGAGAAAAAGCCACGAGGACAUCUGAAUAAAAACAGAAUUUAAGGGAGCUGCUGCUGUUCAGCUGGACGAAUCAAGAGCUUCUUCCUCAGGGACUUGGCUGCUGGCUCUUAUUUACGUCGCGCUGCCUUCAGAACAGCGAAGACGGGAACCUGGUU